AUGUUCAGAGGAAUUAUAAGUCAAGGUAUCUUUGGUAACGGAAUAAAACGGGCGACACUCGUUCGUCACAACUCCAUUUUGAGCGAGUUAAGGGACGCGGUCAAGCCAGAUCAAAGUAACACACCAAAUGCCCAACCAAAGAAACAAAGCAGAGGAGCAGACGACAUUGAUACGUUAUUAAAGAGUAACUUGUUUGAUGCCAAAUUCCUGUUUGGAGCUGAUAUCAAUGGAUCCAAUGAAGAUCCCAGUUUAUUUUCACGGACUUUACAGCAUCCAAGAGAUGUGGCCAAGAGUAUUCGUAUCUCCGGACCAGAAGCUGGUACAGCAGUUGAUGUCAGAAACGGUUCCAUUGCUCUGACAUAUGGAAUGCUUCAACUGACACUAAGAAAAACCAAUGUGAGAUAUUUACAGAAUGUUCAAAAGAGAUACAUCCGUCCUGCAAAAUAUAGAAAACAAUUGAAAUCUGAAUGGUGGAGACGGAACUUCUCCAAGGGAUUCAAGGAUUUGAUGGCCCAAGUGAGAGAUGCGAAGAGAAGAGGUUAUUAA